AUGAUCACGAGUUUGAUGUCACGUGAUCUCACGGCUGUACUUAUGCGGCGGCUGGGCUGGAACUCAUCCACUGCGAAUGGGACUGAAGAUGCAUGUGGUGUUGCUUGUGUUACUGUUGGGAGUACUGGGAGUGCUGGGAGCUCCAGAUGCGGAUGAAAUCAAGUCUCUUCCUGGGCUUUCCAAGCAGCCUAGCUUUAAGCAGUACUCCGGGUACUUGACUGUAGCUGGAAACAAACACCUCCAUUACUGGUUUGUGGAGUCGCAGAAGGAGCCGGUGAGCAGCCCGGUGGUUCUGUGGCUGAAUGGCGGCCCGGGCUGCAGCUCUCUGGACGGCUUGCUGACUGAACACGGCCCUUUCCUGAUCCAAGAUGAUGGUACUACUUUACAGUACAACCCGUAUUCUUGGAAUAUGAUUGCAAAUGUGCUAUACCUGGAGUCACCAGCAGGUGUCGGCUUCUCCUAUUCUGAUGACCAGAAAUACACAACCAAUGACACUGAGGUGUCCAUGAACAACUACUUGGCCCUCAAGGAAUUUUUCCGACUUUUCCCAGAGUACAGCAAGAAUGAGCUUUUUCUCACAGGCGAGAGUUAUGCAGGCAUUUACAUCCCGACACUGGCUGAGAGAGUUCUGGAAGACAGUAGCCUCAACCUGCAGGGUAUAGCUGUUGGAAAUGGCUUGUCCAGCUAUGAACUGAAUGACAACUCCCUUGUCUACUUUGCCUAUUACCAUGGACUACUUGGAGAGAGUUUAUGGUCAACUCUGCAGAAAUAUUGCUGCAAAGAUGGAAAAUGUAACUUCUCUAAGCCUGACGAAUCCUGCUCCCCUGCAGUAUUGCAGGCCCAGCAGAUUGUCUACAAUUCUGGACUUAACAUUUAUAACCUGUAUGCUGAUUGUGCUGGUGGAGUUUCUUUUGGUACAAGUGCUGAAAAUGGACGGCUUGUUGUUCAUGACAUGGGCAAUAACUUCAUUAACCACAAGUGGUCCACGUUAUGGAACCAGAAACUGCUAAGCCUGAGCUCUUUCAAGUCACUAAAGCUUGACCCUCCCUGCAUCAACUCUACCUCGUCUGCUAUGUACCUGAACAACCCUUAUGUCAAGUCAGCUCUCCACAUCUCUCCUAAUGCACUCGCUUGGGAGGUCUGCAGUGCUGAGGUCAACUUGAACUAUAAACGUCUCUACAUGGAUGUGAAGGCGCAGUACUUGAAGAUACUUGGCGCAGUGAAAUACCGUGUGCUGGUGUAUAAUGGGGACAUCGACAUGGCCUGCAAUUUCCUUGGUGACGAGUGGUUCGUUGAGUCGCUUCAGCAAGAGGUUAAAGUGGAGCGCAGGCCUUGGCUUUAUUACAACGGGGAGACACAGCAGGUCGGCGGUUUUGUCAAGGAGUUUUCAAAUCUGGCAUUCCUUACUAUCAAGGGUGCUGGUCACAUGGUCCCCACUGAUAAGCCCAUAGCAGCCUUUGCCAUGUUCAGCAGUUUCAUCACAAAGCAGCCAUACUAAUGUUAAUGUUUUGCACUGGAUCACUGUGACACGUGCUGGUGUGUGGGGUGUUGGGUUUUUUUGGUUGACCGGGGAUGGUCAACAGCACACACCAAUGCCACAUUUUGCUUAACAGGACUGCAUAAUCAUGAUUGGUUUACUGUAGUAGCUGUGAAUGUUUGGAGUCUGGUUUUAAUGGUCACCUGUUCAAAUGAUUGUGUCUUGCAAAUUUUUAAAUUUUUAAUGAGCACAAAAGGGAUUAGUAUAAGAUGACCAAAUUGAGUGGAGGAAUCAUCUGCACCUAGUUUUCUCCAGUUGCUCAGGGUUGCUUUAAGUUACCUUUGUUUAGAAAUUCCACUUCCCCUUUGUCUAUGAAAUAAAAUUGUGAAUUAAAAUGACAA